AUGUCUUCUCCAAACUUCUCGAAACCCGAAAAAAGAAUAUUUGAUGGCUCAGACUUAGUCUACUUUCAAAAGUCCCUUGCACUAAAGCGUCUCCAUCUGGUGAUCUCAGUGAUUCUUGAUAAGGUGAAAGGACAGAGCGUUCCGAAAGGUUGGCUAUCGCCUGCCACCGUCACCAGAUCCCGUACAAAAACCGUAGGUACGGAAUUCGAAGCCGAAAAACAGCCCUGUGACUUAACUGGGCUUUCCUCGUCUGUCGGAAAGGUGAUUGGUAUUCUUGAUAACUGUAACCUGUUGAUCGAUGAGACACCUCCAUUUGAAGGGCCCAGAAGAUACGGAAACUUGGCUUGCCGUGAAUGGCACGUCAAGAUCGAGGCUAAUGCUGGCACUUGGCUUCAGGCUUUUUCGUCCAAUCGGGGACUAAAUGAUGAACUCGGAUAUUACUUAUUGAAUUCGUUUGGCUCUGCUCUUAGGCUAGACUACGGUUCUGGUCAUGAAUUGUCGUAUGUGGCUUUCAUUGGUGGACUCAUGGAGUGUGGUUUUCUUGAACGGGAUGUACUGGGCUCUGAUCUCCUCGCAAUUUUCGCCAGAUACUAUGAGAUAACGCGUAGACUCAUUGUGGAAUAUAAUCUUGAGCCGGCCGGAUCUCACGGAGUAUGGGGCCUUGAUGAUCACUUCCACUUCAUCUACAUAUUGGGAGCAGCACAAUUCAACCCUCCAGAAGAUAAGAAGGAGACCCAGUAUAUUCCACCAGUCCAGCAAGUGUUGACCGCCCAAAUUAUUGAUGGAUAUAAAGAAAGCAAUCUCUACGUCAACGCGAUCGCAUUUAUCUACAAAAUUAAGCUGGGUCCAUUCAAUGAGCAUUCUCCUAUCAUCUACGAUAUUCACCAUUCGGUAUCACUUUGGUCAAAGGUCCUUUCAGGUCUAUUAAAAAUGUAUGAAGUGGAAGUAUUCGGAAAAGUUCCUGUCGUGCAACACUUUUGGUUCGGCAAUGGAUUGUAUCCAUGGAAGGAUGCCGAAACCAAGGCUGAUUUGCCUGUUAAGCAGUUCGAGAUAAAUGAUCAAUACGAUAAAAAUGAGGAGGAGUCUGUUCCAGGCCUAAUAAAUGGAUUCACUGGAACAAAAACCACGAGAUCGAAUAUCACUUUGACCGCUGCACCAUGGGCCAGAAGCGACGUUAGUCAGAGAGUUCCAGAUAUGCGCUCCAAGCAAGGCACACAUACACAAAGAGGCUUUAAACGCAACUAA